AUGCCUAGCCUUCCUUUGCUGUUGCUUCUUUGGGGCACCAGCUCUUAUGCCUUCCCUGUGUUUCAAGACGGACAGCGGCAAGAUGUGGAGACUGCCUGGAAAUACCUGGAAAACUACUACAACUUGAACAAAGAGACAGCAGCUAGUGACCCAAGUGUUAAGGAGUUGAUGGCUAGAAAGCUGAAGCAAAUGCAGCAAAUAUUUGGGCUGAAGGUGACUGGAAAGUCAGACCCUGAAACCCUCAGAGCGAUGAGGAAACCCAGGUGUGGGGUACCUGAUGCGACACCAUACGCUAUUACUUACGACAACCCACGCUGGACAAAAACGAAUCUGACAUACAGCAUUUUAAACUACACACCGUAUUUGUCAAGAGCAGUUGUGGAAGAGUCCAUCGAGAAGGCCUUCCAAGUCUGGAGUAGUGUGACACCACUAACGUUCUCCAGGGUCUAUGACGAGGAGGGGGACAUCGAGCUGGCUUUCUACAGAGGAGACCAUGACGACAAUAACCCCUUUGACGGACCUAACUACAGCCUUGCUCACGCUUUCCAGCCAGGCCCAAGGAUUGGGGGCGAUGUUCAUUUCGAUCUUGAUGAAAGGUGGACCGACACCAGUGAGAAUUUCAACUUGUUCUAUGUUGCAACUCAUGAAUUGGGUCACUCCCUUGGCCUCACUCAUUCUUCCGAUAUAGGGGCACUAAUGUUCCCCAGCUAUACAUGGUACACUGAUGACUUUGUGCUAAACCAGGACGAUAUUAAUCGCAUCCAGGCUUUAUAUGGACCUUCCCCAAAUCCCGUCCAGCCCACAGGUGCAACAACCCCACAACCGUGUGAUAGUGAUCUAACCUUUGAUGCUAUAACUACAUUUCGGGGAGAGGUGAUGUUCUUUAAAGGCAGGUUCUACAUUCGUGUAGCCCGAUUCUUGCCAGAACCUGAGCUCAAUUUGAUAGGUAUACUCUGGCCAAAUCUGCCAGGUAAACUUGAUGCUGCUUAUGAAGCUAGUAUAAUAGAUGAAGUCCGCUUUUUCAAAGGCAAUAGGGUGUGGGCUGUCCGUACGCAGAGUGUCCUGAGAGGAUUCCCAGUGGACAUCCAGAGCUUCUUUGGCUUCCCCAGCAGUGUGACACACAUUGAUGCGGCUGUCAGUGAGGAAUACAGUGAAAAGACAUACUUCUUUGUUGAUGACAUGUACUGGAGGUAUGAUGAACGUAGACGGUCCAUGGAUCCAGGUUAUCCAAAAUUAAUAUCAGAGGGCUUCCCUGGAGUUGGCAAUAAAGUUGAUGAUGUUUUCGAGAAAAAUGGGUAUUUCUAUUUCUUUCGUGAAACAACUCAAUACAGAUUUAACCUUCAAACAAAAAGGGUUGAUGCUAUCCGGGAUUCUAACACCUGGUUCAACUGCCAAAGAUUCUAGUGGCCUGUUCCCAGUCAAUGAAAAUGCAUUUCUCAUGAUGUAAAAGAAGAUAUUUUUCUGAAGAGUCAAGCAUUUUUAUAUUUAUUUAUCUUCUAGAAUUGUUGGUACACUUGUAUUUAUAUUUUGCCUUGCAUAUCUUAUAGCUCAUAUUUUAUAUAUUUUAUAUCUCAUCUUGCAUAUUUUGGCUGACAAUAGUUAUGAACUAAAACAGUUUAGUGCCACAAUUGACAGCCCAAAAAGAUCGAGUCAUUGAAGGAGGCUGUUUGUGUGUGUCUCUGACAUUACCCCUAGGCCUCUCCUUUCAAGAGAGGAGGGUCAGCAGACAAACUCUCCCAGAAGAAAAGCGGUUCUUGAACACAUGAAUCACUCUACAUGAGAAAAAGCCAUUGGUGCUUUGGGUCUGUUUUUUUAAAACAUCUUACAGCCCCGGCUGG